AUGACUAAGACGGCUAAAAAGCCCGGUGGUGAAGUGCCACCGGCUCGAAGUGGUCCAAAGUUUUCGUUGUGGAACUUUUGGGUCAGUGGUACAAUUUUGAAGCUGCUUCUAAUCCCAGGUUAUUUCAGCACGGAUUUCGAUGUGCAUCGCAAUUGGCUCGCGAUUACCAACAAGCUACCGCUGAAAGAGUGGUAUUAUGAAGCCACCAGUCCCUGGACGCUCGAUUACCCACCUUUUUUUGCGUAUUUCGAGUGGUUUUUGUCGCUAUUCGUGCCAGGAUCGGUUCGGGAAGAUGGAUGUCUUGACAUCGUGAAAAUUGGCAGUUUUGGGAUCCCCACAGUAAUAUUCCAGCGUAUUACUGUUAUCGUUAGUGAAAUUUUGUUGUUCGCAGUCCUACAAAUGUACAUUAACAAGAGUUCUUUGAGCGAACGGUCUGCAAACUUCGUUGUUGCCAGCAGCAUCGUGCUCUCCCCCGGCUUUCUCAUAAUAGACCACAUUCACUUCCAGUACAAUGGGUUUUUGUUCUCAAUUCUAAUUGCAGCGAUUCUCGCAGCUAAACAUCAGCGUUAUUUGCUAUGCGGUUUCUUCUUUGCAACAGCUCUAUGCUUCAAACACAUCUUCCUAUACCUGGCGCCCAGUUUCUUUGCAUUUUUGUUAAGAGUGUAUGUUUUGGACUUUUCUAACUUUAAGUUCAAAAGCUACUACGAUUUGAUCUCAAUCGUGCAAUGGAGAAACCUGUUCAAAUUGUCUGGGGUUGUACUUGGCGUUUUCACCGUGUGCUUCGCACCCUUCAUCUCCCAAUGGCCGCAACUGCUGACCAGACUAUUCCCAUUUUCAAGAGGUCUGACACAUGCGUACUGGGCACCUAAUUUCUGGGCCAUAUACACUUUACUCGACAAAGUUCUGACGCUGGUAUUCCUGAAGGUACCUUACGUGCACAGAUUUUUAACGCAGAUCAUCGCACCACCAUUGAUUCCGGCAACUAUUCAAGAAAUAAAGUGGAAAUUACAACAGUAUAACGUGGGUACAAGAGGUCUCGUCCAAGACGUCAAUUUUGUGAUUCUACCUCAGAUCCAGCCCAAGUUGACAUUUCUGUUAACUCUAUUUUAUCAAGUACUGGCAGUUAUACCAGUUCUGUUCAGUCCUUCGUUCAAAAGAUUUAUUGGAUCUUUGACUUUGUGCGGAUUUGCUUCCUUUCUUUUCGGCUGGCAUGUUCACGAAAAGGCCAUCAUGUUAGUGAUAAUACCAUUCUCCUUUUUGGUCAUCUCUGAUAGAAGGCUUUUGACACCUUUCCGGCUGGUAGUCUCCGCGGGCUAUGUUUCAUUAUUUCCCCUACUGCAUGGAUCCUCAGACUUCCUCAUAAAAUUGCUUUAUACUUUGGUCUGGAGUCUCAUCUACUUCCUCGCAUUAAGGCAGGUCACCAAAAUGUCUUCCAGUGUUCAGCGCCGUGUGUUCUUUUUCGACAGAUUUGCCCUUUUCUACAUCAUUAUGCUGCUACCCAUGGUGAUUGGAGUCCAGCUCCUGGAUGCACUAAAAUGGCGAUAUGAGAUUCUCCAAAAAUAUGAGUUUGCAGGCUUGAUGAUUUACAGUAUUUACUGCUCUAUCGGCACUCUCAGCUCAUGGAUAGGACUAUCAUGGUUGUACAACUUUGACGAACCGCUUUGGAUGUGA